AUGGAAAACGAACUAGGAUCGGACAUUGAACUGAUCGAAGAUGAGAAUAUGCUACGGGAAAUGGUACGAAAUGAUUAAAUUUGUUUAAAAAAAAUCUAGUUAUUUACUUUUCUUUUCUUUUAGUGGCAAAAAACCGAGGACUAUAGAAAAAAGAAAGAAAUUCGUAUGAGGAUGUUUAAACUUCGGAAAAGACAUCUUAAAGAACUUUACACAACGGAAGAUAUAAUUCAAACUAAUAAUACAUCGGAACGCUCUUCGACAAGCACUCAUACGAAAUCUAUUACGGAUAAUGGAUUUAUAACGAAGAAAACGAAAGAGAUUAAAGAUUCUCAAUCACCCUCACAAUGUUACAUAAAAAAAUUAAAUACUAAUACUAAUUUUCGAGUAAAAGAAGUAACACCAAAAGAAAAAUCUCCAGUAAAACAACGAGAACAUUUUUCAGUUAAACAAUUAAAUUCUUUAAUAAAAGAAAUAAAACCAUCUUCUGAAGAAAAAGAUGAAAAAGAUUUAGAUAAUGAAACUACAUUUACAGUUGCAGAUAGAGUGUCUAAGUUUUUUAAAAAUGUUCCCGAAAAAAAUGAAGAAAAAACUGAAGAGACCGUAAAAAAUCUUAAGGACGAAAAAUAUGAUACAAAAAUUAUACACAUUGAUGUUGACGAUUCGUCAAAGAAUGCAAACAUACACAACCCCAUUUCGACACGGAAGAUUUCAGGAGCGUCUGGCUAUAAAGCCAGAAAAGAUUUUUUUGAAAACAAAAAUUUAAAUAAUAAUUCGGAUAUAGCAAUUCCCAUAACUACCCAACAGAUAGUAAGAUCAUCAAUAAUAAACCGCCGUGCUUCAUUUGAAGUGAAUGAUGAUAAAAAAACACUAUUAAAAGACAAAACCAACGUUCCAAAACAAACAACGCCAGAUACAAAAAAUAGAUCGCAUGACCGAAUAAUCGAAAGCCCGACAAAUAUUAUGAACACCGAUUUAUUCGAUAUCAGAGUUGAGGAAAUCAAUAAAUCUAGAAGAAUUUUGGAAUCAAAGACUAUGAAAGAUAGAAAAGCAGCUUUCGAAAAGAUCGAUGUUGCUGAAAAACCAGCUAGGCCACAUAAAUUUACCCUAAAGAGCCAAUCUCCAAUUUCCGUAAUGAAUACAGAUAGACUCUUAGAAAUGUAUACUAAAUCAAGUGUGGUUCCUGAUAAACCUUCAGAGAAUGUCUCCAGUAGAAGAGUUACAAGUCUGAAUAUCAGUAAGAAACGCGCGGAAAAAACUAAAACCAUUGACUCUAUCAAUAAUGUUAGUGACAGUGCAGACGGAACAGUUUCGUCAAACAGUGCGGACAGAAAUGUUAAAGAAACUCCGGAAAGGAGUACGGCCAAGUGUUUUGAAGAAAAACCAACGGAUUCGAAAAUCGAUACAAGCAGAAAUCGUAAUGAACAAUAUACAGCAACAGAAACUGUAUCUGUACCAAUAAAUACUUCAAAUGUAAUUAAAUCUACUACAGUUCAUACUGCAAAUGAUGAAACACAGAAUCUUUUAGAGCUUAUG